AAAUCACUGAGGGAAGCUAUGGCAACUCCGAAGUUCGUGGUGUCUGACUUUGCAAAAUCGGAAAGGCCGGCCCAACUGCACGUCGCUUUCCAGGCACUCCAUGCGUUUAUUGAAAGUAAUGCUCGGCUUCCGAAUUCAUGGUCCGACGCGGACGCCACCUUAUUUCUGAAGAAUGUGGCCAAUUUGCGCGCUAAACAUAAAUUAGAAAUGGAUAUUGACGAGAAAUUAAUGCGCCUGUUUUCUUAUUUGAGCCGCGGUAACGUCGUGCCCAUGAAUGCCGUGAUAGGCGGCAUUGCAGCCCAAGAGCUGAUUAAAGCGUGUUCAGGUAAAUUUAGUCCACUGUACCAGUGGUUGUAUUUUGACGCAUUGGAGUGCCUACCGCUCGAUCCAAAGGAUUACCUAACUGAAGCCACCUCUCAACCAAUAAACAGUCGUUACGACUCACAGAUCGCUAUAUUCGGACCCGAUUUUCAGCAACGGUUGGCAAAUCAAAAAAUAUUUGUGGUGGGAUCAGGUGCCAUAGGUUGUGAACUACUUAAGAAUUUUGCAAUGAUUGGAUUGGCCACUAGCCAAAAAGGCGCCCUCUGGAUUACAGACAUGGAUAUUAUCGAACGCUCAAAUCUUAACCGUCAGUUUUUAUUCCGCCCGACAGAUGUCGGUAAAUAUAAGUCGGCGACCGCCGCGACUGCUAUCAGGCGUAUGAAUUCCAAGAUAAAUAUUGUUGACCACCAAAAUCGUGUCGGUCCCGAAACAGAGCAAACGUACAAUGACAAUUUUUUCGAAAACUUGGACGUUGUAGUAAACGCUUUGGACAAUGUUGACGCCCGCCUCUACGUAGAUAGUCGUUGUGUUUAUUAUAGAAAACCACUUUUAGAAUCGGGAACAUUAGGCACUAAAGGCAAUGUGCAAAUCGUGCUGCCAUUUCUAACAGAACCGUAUUCCUCAACGCCUAUUAGCCCAGAGAAAACAAUACCCAUGUGUACGCUCAAGAGCUUUCCCAACGCCAUUGAGCACACACUCCAGUGGGCUAGAGAUGACUUUGAAGGUUUAUUCACGCAAUCUGCCGAAAAUGCUCGUAAAUACCUCAAAGACUCAAAAUUUAUAAAGCAAACGAUGCAAAUGGCAGUAAACGAGUCAAACAGAUUACUGGAGAGUGUGAAGCAGAUAUUAGUGGACGAUAAAACAGCCAAUUUUGAGGAGUGCAUUAAAUGGGCAAGAAAUUACUUCGAGGAACAAUACGCCAAUCAAAUCAAACAACUGUUAUUCAACUUCCCGGUCGACUCGUUGACCAGUUCGGGAAUGCCUUUUUGGUCGGGACCCAAACGAUGUCCGCAUCCCAUUGAGUUUGACGCCAACAAUCAGACACAUAUUGAUUACAUCGUCGCCGCCGCUAACCUAAAAGCUUAUGUCUAUAAUAUUCCAUAUAAUCGAGACAUCAAUGCCAUCAAAGACUAUGUGUCGACGCUUGUGGUCAAAGAGUUUACUCCCAAAGCCGGUGUAAGAAUAUCAAUAAACGAUGACGAGUUAAAUGAGGACGCACUCAGAGAUUUAGAGGUUGCUGAUCGCUGUGAAACGCUGUUGAAUGCGAUACCGGCGCCCCACUUAUUCGACACUAACUUUCAAAUCAACCCGGUGCAGUUUGAAAAGGACGACGACACCAACUUUCAUAUGGACUACAUUACGGCCGCGUCAAACCUCCGAGCCAACAAUUACCACAUCGAUACCGCCGACCGCCACAAGAGCAAGCUAAUCGCCGGGCGUAUUAUUCCGGCUAUUGCUACUACAACUUCACUCAUCACCGGUUUAGUGUGCCUUGAGUUAUAUAAGGUUCUAGCAAUUUUAACAACAACUUAA